CUUUCAACAUUGGAUCAAUCCCGUCUUCUGAAAUCACCGACAACGAGGGAUCAGGCGAUUGGGUUUGGCCUCCCCUGUUCGUUGGAUGAUCUUAGCCGGUGAAGCUGCAGCGAGGUGAUCCGUGCGUUUCUCUGAACGACGAAAUCACCAUGUUUGUGCAUCCUUCGACCUCCCACUUUUCACGUACCUAUCAUCAUAUACCCAACCCAAUCCAUACGACCUCUCGUAAAAAUCUGGACAAGGAAAAUGCAGCUUCUGGUCUACCAUCCAAGACUCCAAGCAGGGCCGGACUAUUAGGCAAGGCACCCGGCACGAGUAUUCGCGUCGGUCUCGGUCCAAAAAUUGGAACGGCUGGAGGAGCCAAAGACGGCAAUGCUCUCGGCGGGGGCGGCGCAGGCGGUGGUCAACAGGCUGAGAAGGGUGAAAAGGGUAAAGGGGAUGCGCAUGAUAUAGAACCAAAAAGAUUGUUCGCCUCCACCACCAAGCAAGCGUUAACCAACGCUGCCCCGACUCAAUCCAAAUCGCACAAAACGCCAGGACCACGUCGACAGGUUCAGACAUUUGCGUCGCUCCGUACGCCUGCUCCAUCUGCUGCUCAGAUCCCAAACUUUGUCUCACCCACGCACCAUCUGUCAAACUUGCAACUGUCGACAACUCGUACGAAACUCAACGCACCAAAAUCCCAUUCUUCCAAACAGUCUCCUGGUCCAACGCCUUUGCCCUCUAGCAAGUCACGACAGAGCAUCAAACCCGGACAGCCAUCCCCUGGACCUACGCCCCUGCCUUCAGCGGCGCGUACUCGACGAAGAUCUCGUCAGUCUCUGACCCCGUCGCAACCCGAGUUCCAAACACCAAAUCCUAGAUGGGAAGAAGAGCACAGUCUGGGCAGCAUCACUGAGGGACCGGAGGCCGUUGAUCUCGGAGGUAUCAAUGAGGUAGAGGAGCUAGAUGAGGAGAUGGAUGAUGAGCCUGAAUACAUGCCUCCGUCUGUUCAAGAGUUGCCCUGGGAACCGCCAUUUGAAAUGCCAGAUCAGGCGAGCUUGGCGAAACUUGCAAGUGUACCUCCACUCUGGCAGCCAGGCGGGCCUUCGGAAUCGGUCCAAGACCCAGAUCUCGAGCCGUCAUGUGAAGAGACUACAGCCGUCCGUCUUUGUGAUGAGGAAAUGCUGGAAGAGCCCGAAUUCAGACGAUUGGCGGCGAAACCCAGCGUCAUGCCCGUGCCUCGUCCUAUCGCGCCGCCCGGUGCGAAGUCCAGUCGAGCUCGUCUGCCUGUCGGCAGAGGGCCUCUUGCGCAGACAGCACUCGCACGGAAGCUUCCUGGAGCCCAAUCAUCCACCACGUUCCCCAGACAAACCCCUUUCCAGCGACCCAUAGCUCGACCGCUCGCCGCAUCGGGUCCAAAAGCUGUCUCUCGCAUGUCCAGUCAGACGAAUUUGGCACGUCCGGCGACGAUCAAGGAGAGAAACGUCACGGUACCGGAAGGUCCUGCGUUCAAUGAUUUGGAAAUGCCGCUCCUGACAGAGGAUCUUUGGUUGCAAGAAGAUUUUGCGUUCGACCUUGGCCCUGAGUCUCUGUGAGCAAGGGCUCAAGUAUGAGCUGGGUGAUCUGUCCUGUAGUCUUCAGUAUAGUGUAAAACGAUUUGAACAUCCCCUGUCAUUUGUAGCUUGUGAUCAUAUUCAAUGCAUGUUGUGUAUCCUUG